AUGCCACCGACGGGAAGUGGUUCCCCGGGAGUGGUUCCACCGCCUCGUUUUCAAAGCAGCAACAACAACAACAAUAACACCAACAUCCAGCAACAGCAGCAGCCCCCGAUGGCCGUUCUAGCCAGUAUCGUGCCAUCUCCGACGGCCACUUUGACCUCCAAUGCUGCCACCUCAGUCUGCACCCAUCACAGCCACGGUGAUUGCGGAACAUUGCCGGCUGGAAUCGCCUCACGAGGGAAUUCCUCCAGUAAACCCCCGCUGUCGAUAAUCAAAUUUCUCGAACUGUGCCUGGCGGCCACCUGUACAGUGCUUCAUUACUACAGCUUCGACGAUGGCGACCUGGUGACGGGAUUUCUCUCGACCGGAACCUUCUGCGGCUACAUCGUGAUUCUGACCACGGUUAUGGUUGGUUACCUGAUGAAGGCUCACAUCCAUCGGCGCCUGAAUUUAUUCUACAGUUUGCUGGGUUGUGCCCUAUUUCUGACCUCCGGAGUAUUUAUCAUCGAAGCCUGGGAGCACGCCUUCCGAACCAGAACUCGGGAUCUGGCCAUCACCAAGGGAUCGAUUGCCAUCAUUAACGGGGUUAUUUUCAUGAUGGACACCAUCUUUACCUUUCGCGAACGGAAAUGA